ACCGUAUUUUUUUUUACUUUUUUUUCGUCACCAACGUAUAUACCGUAUAUGAUUACUACGUAUCAAAAACAAAUCCUGAUUGAAUUUGGAAUUUGAUUUGGUUUAGAUUGCCUCGUCGUAAGUGCCUUUAGAAAGUAAAAGACUGCAGUUUGUGACGACUUUUAGAUAUGGCUUUGGUUCAUAAACGUCAAUCCCUCAAUUCUAGGGGGAGGGAUUUCGAGCUUCCUGAGGAUUUGAUCAGAUUGGUUCUGGGACGGCUGAGGUUCUCGGAUUUUCAUCGAGCUAGGGCGGUUUGUUCCGCUUGGUAUAGGGUUUGGGGAGAAUGUUUGUCCAAACCUAACCAGGUUCCGUGGCUGAUUCUGUUCCCUGAUCCAGCACAAACCAGACGCAGUUGCAUGUUGUACAAUCCGCAGGAAGAAGAAAACGUUUACACAAUUCAAGAUCUUGGUGUGGAUCCUUGCCUUGCAAGUUGCGGCACCUGGCUCCUCAUGUCGGACCCUCGGUUAAAUCUAUACCUUGUGAAUGUGCUAAAUUUGGAGAGGAUUAACCUACUAGCUAUUGAGUCCCAACGCGACCAGCUCUUUUCAAAACCACUCGGAUUCUACAAAUACUGCGCUGGGCGUCAUUUUGCAAGCAAAGCCGAGAUGAUUGGGUACCCUGCUACUGAUAAGGCAGUUGUGUGGAUAGACGAGAAAACUAAAGACUACGUAGUUGCUUGUAGUUGGGGUGCACACAGGCAUACGGCCUUUUGCAAGAAAGGAGAUUGUGAAUGGCGCCAGAUUCCUCCUUUGUUGGGGUGUAGUGAUAUUGUCCUCAAGGGCCACAAACUUUACAUUUACUAUGAGGAUGGUCGCAUCGGAAUCUCGGAUUUGAAGUUUCUAACAAAAACUGCUCAGGUUCAGCUAUAUCCUGGUCCUCAGCUUUCGCUUCCGCUUGGGAAAUUUAUGGCGCCAUGGAUCAUUUCUGCCAGAUUAUAUUGACUGGAAGACCAACAUAGUAAUCACCAUCUCUGGAGAUAUUUUGAUGGUUGCCAGCGUUCUUAAACGUAGUGACCUUUCUUGGCAUUUCCGCGUCUACAAAUUCAACUCAGCCAACAACGAUUGGGAACAAACUGUUUCACUCGGCGACCAGGCCGUGAUCUUGGAUCUAGGUAUCACCGUGCAAGCAUCCUCCGAUAUCCAAGGAAUUACCAGAAACUCCAUCUAUUUCAGCGGCCUUCAAUCUAGCCAAAAGGAUGUCUUCGUCUUCAAUCUCUCCUCCCAGAAGAUUCAACGCUUUUCAGCUUCUUCUAUUUCCUCCAGACCAUUCUUUAAUGCUCGCUGGCUCUUCCCCACUUCUUAGUUCACAAUGAUUGAUACCCUUUCCCAACAUUUACUUUUUUGUUCAAUUUUAUGUCGCUUUUACUU